AUGAUCACUCAUGACCUGUUAUCGGCGAUUCCUCCAGUCGACCGGCGGGGAUUCCACGAGACGGACGAGAGUUCUGCGACGAGUUGCCGGUGGGAAACCGUGGGCGCUGGAGAGUCGCUUGCUGAGAGUACCGGGCGGGCACACACGCCGUCCGAUGGCGACGCGGGCCGAGCCGUCGGAUGGCGAACGGAAGGCCCUGGGCGCGCCGGUUCCCUCUUUCGGAGGUUUAAUAAUUCAUUUAUUCGCUCUCGCGUCGGAGGAAGAAGCUCGGGUGCGACCGCGAAGCGGUACGGAGUGCGUCUAAGCCGAGAAGCGUCUGCGGUAACACAAGCCCAAGGAAAUGACGGGGUUAUUCCCCGCGCUGCCGCCCGCCCGCUUCGCUUCGUACGUGAGGGCAGGCAGGCGGGAGAGGCGGGCGCCUGCUUGCACCCGGCCCGGCCUGUGUCGUCUGCGCCGGACUGUCGCGCCUCGCGUCUGGGCGUAGAAGCACGCAACGCUAGAAGCUCGCUGCCUUUCGUUUGCUCCGCUUUCCGAGUGGUGCGAGGGAGUUCGCCCGAGGGUGGGGGUCUGUGUGUCGAUCGAGAGGAGCGAGAGGGAGCGAGAGGGAGGGAGGGGGAGGGGGAGAGCGAGCGAGGAGGAGGAAGAGAAGAGCGAGUGGCGAGCGAGAGAGUAUUCGUAUCGCCUCGUCUGGACGACGAGAGCUUGUUGCUGCGCCUGCGAAGGCCUGCCUGCUGUCGAGAGCCAGCCCCCGCCAGCCCGCCCGCCCGCAAGCCCGCCCGAGAGGUUGUGGCGUCGUUGCAUCGAGAGAGAGGUCCAGACGAGUCAGUCAGUCAGUCGAGUCGAGUCGAGUCGAGACGAGACGAGACGAGAGAGGGCAAGCACGGAGGAGGAGGAGGAGGAGCAGCAGCAGGACCCGUAUUCCUUUCUGCGGUGGUUUUGAGUCAAGGUUUUGGUUUGGUUUGGUUUGGCUUUGGUACGGUGCUGGUCGAGAGCAGCAGCAGCAGGAGGAGGAGGAGGAGGAGGAGAAGGCGGUGGAAGGAGGAGGAGGAAGAAGGCAGAGAAGAGAGGAGAGGAGGGGGGGCAGACGGUCGAGAGCAGCGAGCGAGCGAAGAGGGGAGGGGAGGGAACGAGAGAGGAGGCGAGGGAGGGGGCCAGAGCCACAGGGCGACGUUUGUUUCGACGCCGUGCUUUGCGUUGGUCUCGAGGGACGACUACAUCUCGGACACUCGAGCUUUCCUCCCAGGACUAGAGGGUGGAGGAAGGAGGGAGGGAGAGAGGAGACCGAGGAAAGGGUCUAGAACCGACGAGGUUGUGGAUAGUUGUGGUGGUGUAGAGGGCGGAUUGACUCCUGUUCUCGACGGAAUCAAUCACGGGGCCGACCGUCGCGUGCCAAGAGCCUCUCCAGCAUCCUGGUUCGCAGAUUCACUCAUCCUCCGACAUCGUGCUUGCCUGUAUGGGAAGACUCUGGCCGACUUAGAUAGUCAGUGGGAAAUAGAGGCGCAUAGGUCAGAUAGGGGUCCCAAGUGA